UCCUGAUCAAUUUGUUUGUUGUUUUUUUUUUCCUGAUCAGUUAAACAAUUUGCUGGUUAGGAGUUUUAAGGAAGGGCGGGGCGUGUCGUUGCCAAGGUAACUGUAGUACUCCGCGCUCUGAAGGACGCCAGCUCCAUCACGCGCCGACAUGGAGGAAGGAGGUGUCCAUCCGCCGGAGAAGCUAGUCCCCAGGCUCGCUGGUCAGCAGCUCACACCGAGAGCGUGCCAGAGAGAGAAGAAAGGAGGUUGUGUUAGCAGCAUGUGUAGUGAUCGCUAGCAAUGCACGAACAACUCCAGUAAAUGGCGCGUUUUAAAAGGAUAUUAUUUCAACCGCUGCUGUUUCUCGCAGUAUUUUUGCCAGGUAAGAGAUUCUUUACCUGCUGUGUUGGUGUUUACUUCAUUAAAAUCACCCUGUACAUGCUUUACAAACCCGACUUUACUGAGAACCACGGCCUUCCUGUUUCUCAGAGUUCCUUUUCUUUCCAUUGGUGUUUUCAUGGACGUUCUCUUUCCAAGGAACAUCCAUGUUCCUCUGAACAGAAUAGAAGCCUCUCAGUCCAGACACUCAUUCUCUCUCUCUCUCUCUCUCUUUCUCUCUCUCUGCCUAUCUUUUCAGGUGUUUUGUGUUUCAGUGAGUUAUUUUUCGUUAAGGAGCCCCGCGAUGUGACAGUCCUGCGUAAGGACGUAGUGAUUAUGGACUGCCAGGCUCAGGGCGAGCUUCCAAUCCGGAUCCGUUGGCUGAAAAACGGAUCUCCUGCCGUUGAGUCGGACCGCGUCUACCAACUUUCCAACGGAUCGCUCUUCAUCUCGGAGACCGAGAGCCGAAAAGGAGAGAAAUCGGACGAAGGGUCAUACCAGUGCCUUGCUCAGAACAAAUACGGAGCUAUCCUGAGCCAGAAAGCUCGCCUGACUAUCGCAAGUAUUUCCACAUUCACCCAGCAGCCUUCCUCCAUAGUCGUGACGGAGGGUUCGGUCGCACGCUUCACCUGCAAAAUCAGCGCCGUACCUCCACCAAUCAUCACCUGGGAGUUCAACCGAGUCACCUUACCGCUGGCCACCGACAGAAUCACGGUGCUGCCCGGCGGAGUGCUGCAGAUCCAGGGAGUAGACCAAAGGGACGCUGGGAAUUACCGGUGCGUGGGCGCAAACAUCGCCAGCCGUCGCCGGAGUGCGGAGGCCGCGCUGACUGUAAUGCCAGCUCCUUCUCCCAGAAUUCCCCAGCGUCCGCUCAUCAUCGCCGGGCCGCGGAACCUCACCGUGAGGGCUCGCGGCAGCGCUCUCCUGGAGUGCGUGGCGGUGGGGAAUCCUCGGCCGCUGAUCUCGUGGAGCCGUGCCGACCACAGGCCCAUCGACGUCUAUAACACCAAAGUGCUCGGCAACGGCAACCUGCUCAUCUCCGACGUUAAGAGGCAGCACGCGGGCGUGUAUGUGUGCCGGGCUACGACGCCAGGCACCAGGAACUUCACGCUCGCCGCUGCCAACGUCACCGUGCUCGAACCCCCGUCUCUGGUGGAGUGGCCGGAGAGCCUGACCCGUCCACGCGCCGGCACCGGGCGCUUCGUGUGCCAGGCCGAGGGCAUGCCCACGCCCCGCAUCACCUGGCUUAAAAACGGAGAGCCCGUGCACUCCAACGGACGCAUCAAGAUGUACAACAGUAAGCUGGUGAUCAACCAGAUUAUCCCAGAGGACGACGCGAUUUACCAGUGCCAAGCCGAGAACGAGCAGGGCUCGGUUCUGUCCACGGCGCGUCUCAUCGUGGUGAUGUCGGAGGACCGGCCCAGCGCGCCCAGGAACAUCCACGCCGACACCGUGUCCAGCUCGGCCAUCCUGCUGGCGUGGGAGAGACCGGCGUACAACGCGGACAAAGUCAUCGCCUACUCCGUCCACUACAUGAAAGCAGAAGGUCUUAAUAACGAAGAGUACCAGGUUGUCAUUGGCAACGACACCACCCGCUACAUCGUCGACGACCUGGAGCCAUCACAGAACUACACAUUCUACAUUGUAGCGUACAUGCCUAUGGGAGCCAGCCGAAUGUCCGACCACGUCGUCCAAUACACACUCGAGGAUGUUCCUCUGCGUGCCCCAGAGCUGUCCCUCACCAGCCGCAGUCCCACGGAUAUCCAGGUGUCAUGGCUGCCACUGGCGCCGAAGCUGAGCCGCGGCCGCGUUUCCGCGUAUCGCCUGUGGUACCGGGCCGGCUCUGAGGGAUCCACCACGCAGUUGGAGCUGCCCGGAGACCAAACCCAUCACCUGCUGGAGGGCCUCCAGCCCGAUACCGUCUACCUUCUGAGGAUUGCCGCCUCCACCAGCAUGGGCUGGGGAGAGCCGAGCGCCUGGACCUCCCACAGGACCCCCAAGACCUCCAGCAGAGAAGUGCCCCUGGCGCCGGAGCUGCAGUUGGAGCCCCUGAACUGUACGACUCUCGCGGUGCGCUGGCGUUUGGCUGCGGGGAGUUCUGUGGCCGGCCUUCAGGGAUUCAGACUCUUCUACCACGAGGAGAGCCAACCCGAGAGCCCGCCCAUCCAGAUACCACCCCACAUCAACCGCCACACCAUCGGAGGCCUCGACCCCAGGAAGAAAUACCACGUCAAGCUCCUGGCCUUCAGCUUCGUCGGCGAGGGUUACCAGGCCGAUCGCACCAUCAGCACACCGGGAUGCGUCUCGGUGCGCGAUCGUCUGGUGCCUCCUCCUCCUCCACCGCAUCACGUGUUCGCGCGAGCCAACGGCUCCUCCUCCGUCUUCCUGCACUGGGCCCAGCCCGCCUUCAGCAGCGCACAGACCGUCAACUACACGGUGCGCUGCAACCCGGUCAGCCUCCAGAACGCCUCGCUCGUCCUCUACUUACAGACCGGGGCUCAGAGUCUGCUGGUGAAGGACCUGCAGCCGAACACUCGCUACGAGUUCGCCGUGCGCCUGCACGUGGAUCAGCUGUCCAGUCCCUGGAGUCCCGUGGUGUAUCAGAGCACGCUGCCGGACGUCCCGGCCCUGCCCCCCGCGGGAGUCAAAGUCACUCUGAUCGAAGGAGACACGGCGUUGGUGUCAUGGAAAGCGCCGAACGAGCCGAACGUCGCCGUGACGCGUUACACCAUCCUGUACGCAUCACGCAAGGCGUGGCUUGCGGGCGAAUGGCAGAUCCUGCAGAGAGAGGGAAGCAUCACCAUGGCUUUGCUGGAGAACCUGCAGCCGGGUAACGUGUACCUGGUGAAAGUGUCGGCGUCCAAUCAGAUGGGAGAUGGGCCGUUCUCACCUGCCGUGGAACUGACGGUCAGCGCUCACGGGCAACCCGAACGCACCGGCCGCUCUCACAGCUCCGCCCACGCCACAGUGUUUUCGGAUCUGGACCAGCACUCGAUGGUGGGUGUGGUCGUUGGUGUGUGUAUUGCUCUCACGUGCAUCACCAUCUGUGCCUUUAUCCUGGUGUGUCGCGAGAAAGCCAAAAAAUCCUGCACCAGCAAAAUCAUCAGGCCCAGACAAGGUCAAGCUCCGCCCACGACAUCUCAAACGGCCGACGAAAAUCAAGCUGAGCGUGCACACAUCCUGGUGCCCGUGAUGAGAGAACACUUUAUUGAUGCAAAGGGCGGGACGGAUUUGGUUAUAAACAGUUACGGCCCUGUCAGACCCUCGGCCGAGAGGAAGAAGGCACAGAAGCGGGGUUUGUUUAGGAAGGAUGAGAAGCGGGUGAAGAAGUCUCCCGUCUGCUCCUCCUCCACGUACCAGACGGGUUCGACCCUGCUCCGUUACUCCAUCGAGCGUCCAGGAAGUCCGUCGCUGCAGCAGCCGUCGUCCCUGCACACCCUGCUGGGGCCACCGGGGGGCGACAGCGAGGGCUCGCACUCCAGCGAGGGCAGCCACGAGACCGGCGACUCGGGACGCUACUCGCGCGACGAACACGACCUCGCCAACCUGUCGUCGGGAAGCCCGGGAAGAAGUCCCGGUCAUGUGACCGAGGAGCACGCGCUGCAUCUCGCCAUCGAGCUGGAGGAAGUGACAUCACCGUCUACCAGUCAGGAGUGAUCAUCAGCUACGAACCAUCGCUGAUACACCUCUUUUAUUUUUUUCCUUUUCUUUUUAAAGUUUAAAAGAGAGACAGA